AUGUCAGCAACAAAGACAGUGACGCAGUCAGAUACUGCUAUCGGGAAGCUCACGCUUGCAUAUGAUGAUGCAAUCCACCAAAAGUACAAAUAUCAUGAGUAUCUCCCCGUUUAUGACGAAGAGACUCACUUUGACCCGAUCCAACCAUUUGAGUUCACGGAUCGGGGACUGGCAGCGGACAAAGCCAAGCCUGCUCUGCUGUCUAGUACCAAUCCAGAUCUCAAGGUCUCCAAACUCACCCCAGUUAUUGGCACCGAAAUCAGAGGUCUUCAACUCUCUCAAUUAAAUGACACGCAGAAGAAUGAACUUGCGCUGCUGAUUGCAGAGAGAGGUGUGGUCAUAUUCCGUGGGCAAGACUUCAAGGAUAUCGGACCGGAGAAACAGAAGGAAUUCGCGAGAUAUUUCGGACCACUGCACGUUCAUCCCGUUGGAGCUCAUGUUAAGGACCACCUCGAGUAUCACAACAUCUACCUUGGUCCCGAUAAUGAAUAUCGAGCAAGGCAGCGAAGGGAAAGACUGACGACCACCGGAUAUCAUUCCGACGUUUCAUACGAACAUCAGCCGCCUGGCAUUACGAUUCUCACCCUUCUGUCCGUCCCUCCAACCGGUGGAGAUACCGCAUGGGCAUCGCAAACUGCAGCAUACGCCCGCUUGUCACAGCCCAUCAAGACACUGCUCGAGGGUCUGCGUGCUGAACACAGCGGCUUCAACCAGGCAGAGAAUGCCCGCCGUGAUGGAAAAUAUGUCCGCCGAGAGCCAGUGAAGUCGGAGCACCCCAUUGUGAGGGUCCAUCCAGCGACGGGUGAAAAGGCUCUCUUUGUCAACAAGGGCUUUACAAAGCGCAUCAUUGGCCUCCAGCAUGAAGAGUCGGACGCUCUUUUGCAGCUGCUGUUCAACCAUAUCGCACUUGGCCAAGAUUUCCAGGUUCGCGUCAAAUGGGAGGAGGGCACGGUUGCGCUAUGGGAUAACCGCGUUACUGCCCAUACUGCUAUCUCGGACUUCGACAUUCAUAACCCGCAGGAGGGGCUCCGCCAUGGAGUCCGACUAACAACUCAGGCGGACAAGCCAUCAGGCAUUAAUGGACUUGAGUCGGUGUGGUGA